GCCAUCCACACAAUUAAUCCUUAAUAUCACCCACCUAUUCCCAGUCACCACCUCCCCGGCCUUCCCUUUCUUUAUUGCACUCACCAGCCUCUCGCCGAAUCAUAUCUCCACCUGCAACAAAAAAGAAAAGAAAAGAAAAAAGCUAGCUCUCAUCACCCUUUCCAAGUCACCAAAAUCCUUUUCAGAAACUUUUCCCUGAAAAAGCUCUACGAUUUCACAUGCCAUUGAAAUGAAGGAAUUCAAUUACAUUGAAAAGCAUGCAUCUCCCUUACUCUUCUUAUAUGGAGUAGUACUCUUUGUUGUAGUGAUCAUUCAGUAAUUUCGAAUGAGAAUGGCAUCAGCAGCAUGCAUUCACAUAUUCGUGUCGACGUUCAUGUUUCUUGCAUGGUUCAUGGCAAAGGGAGACGACAGCUAUGUUCGAGAUGCCUGCAGCGUGACGAGGUACCAAGACCUCUGUGUUCACACACUAGCAUCGUUUUCAAGCACUGCCAAGAGAAGCCCGAGCAAGUGGGCACGUGCGGGCGUGUCGGUGACAAUAGGCGAGGUGAAGAGUGUUGCUCAGAACUUGACAGAAUUGAAGGAGUUUCAGCUUUUGAGAGGAAGAAGGAACAGAGCUGCCCUCUCCGAUUGCAUUGAAUGCUUUCGAGACGCGGUUGACGAGCUUCACAAAUCGCUGGGUGUGCUCAGAAACCUGAGCAAAAGUACGUUCGAUAUUCAAAUGGGCGACCUGAAUACAUGGAUCAGUGCGGCGCUCACCAAUGAAGAUACUUGCUUGGAUGGCUUUGAAGGCCAUAAGGGAAAGCAUGUUAAGUCGCUUCAAAACUGGGUUCUGAAUGCUUCUUAUAUCACUAGCAACGCCCUGGCACUCGUCAACAAACUCGCAACCACGGGUUUGGGAAGCCCAACCGAUCCAUAGAAGUUCUACAUGCAUGCAGAAGGAUCGAUUUUGGUCAUUUAUAUUAUAGUUUUAAUUAUGUAUAAAAUGUAUUUGGAUCAUCUCCAUUUCUUUCCAUUUAGUUAUAAAGUAGGAACAUAAUUAUCUUUUUACAUUCCAUAAAAAUAUGAAAAAACAACUACGCUCCUCAUUUAUAAAUAAGUGGAGAAGAUUCUCUCCAUUUCCUGUUCCGUAUAAAAUAAGGAUUUUGUUUGGUUGCCAUUGCCUGU